AUGAUCAAGUUCGCCGUACGUUCGCCAUCUGCGAAUGCGAACUCUAUCACGACUGUUGGAUUGAGUCUGUUGCGACUGGAGAGAAGUGACAUGUCUGCGUUCGAUUUGACAGUCCAACCACAUUUGCUCACCGUACUAGGACGUCGACUGCCUUCUCCUCAAGUACAUUUUGCGCGCAAGACAGUGUCUGUGGUGAAUGCUCGCUGGGAUCUGAGGGACAAAACUCUGCUGAAAGCAGCAGCGAUGUCCAGCUGGAGAUGCUUGUACAUCACAGCCGGACAACAAGUGUGGUCAAAUCCAGCAGACCUACAAACUUGUCUCAGCGCCUUUGUCAGUGGUCUUCGGGGCAUCGGACUUCAGUGGGCAGCAGCUCCUCCACCCGAACUGCUACGUGUCGAGGCAAGCAAUCCGUCUGCAGCGAUCUCGCAGAAGCUUCACGAACUGGCUAUGAAGAAACCAAGCAUGCUACUGGUCAUCAUUCCGGCGUACAACAACAUCAGCAUCUACAACGCAGUCAAGUACAGCUGUGAUAUUCAGGAAGGUGUGCUCUGUCAAUGCGUUGUCGACAGCAAGUUCGCGAAGCAGCAGAUCCAGUACUACGUCAACGUGGGCCUGAACAUGAAUCUGAAGCUGGGUGGAGUCAACCGUUCCAUUCCCGACAGCAACUCUGGCACCAUAUCGCCCGAGAAGACGAUGUUCGUGGGACUGGAUGUCACCCAUCCUUCUCCUGGUUCCACCUCUUCUGCGCCAAGCGUUGCCAGUAUUGUUUCUUCCAUCGAUCGAACACUCGGACAGUGGCCGGCUGCGAUUCGUGUCCAAGAAGCCAGAAAAGAGAUGAUAACUGAUUUGACCGAGCUAUUCCAAGGACAAUUGAAAUUGUGGCGGCGGAAAACCAGAAUCUUGCCCGCCAACCUCAUCGUUUUUUCGCGCUUUUGA